ACCCACCACCUUCUCAUUUACCGCAACAUAGAAGAAGAAGAAACAAGCACAAAAUGGCCACCGUCGCCGCCAACAGCACAGCCGUGGCGCAAGCGUGCUCGACAUGGCACUCUCCCGUGCCGUAUCUCUUCGGAGGUUUGGCUUCGAUGCUGGGUCUCGUCGGUUUCGCGCUGUUGAAUGUUGAUCUUAGCUUUCUUCUACUGCCGCCGACUCACUGAUCGUUUGCUCAACGCCGGCGGAGGAGGAGACGGAGGAAGAGACGACGAAAGCGGUGGAAACGACGGUGGUUCGAAGAAGAAGAAGAUGAAGGUGUUCGAGGAGAACAUUUUAGUGAUAAUGGCUGGUGAUGAAAGGCCUACGUUCUUGGCCACCCCGGUAUCCACUAAAGCUCCCUCUUUUGGCGACCUCAACGGCGGCGGAGGAGGAUCGGAGAAGGCCGAGAGCGGCGGUGAUAACAAACCGAAAGAAGAAGAUACACGAAAUCCCAAUUGAUUACAUUACAUCAAAGUUCCAUGAAAGAAGAUACACGUGUUUUCCUCUAAUUGGUAUCAAAUCUUUAAGCAGCUGAACUGUCUGGUUUACGCGGCGACCCGACGCCGGAAUUUAUGC